AUGAAACAAGCAGAAUUUGAUAAUCUAAAUCCUGUUUAUGAGGAAAAAAGAGAAAAUUCAUCAAAUUUCAAAGAAUAUGGUUAUGGAUAUUGGGCUAAAUUUUUAUUGGCAUAUCCUAAAUUCUUAACUAAUGGAAAGAAUGAAGAGUAUUAUUUUGUUUCAAGAUUGAGUGCAGAUUAUUUAAAUCAGAGUAAAGCCAUGGAAAGUAGAAUGUAAACUGUUUUAGUGGGUAAAGGAUAUUAUUAUUUCGCAACUUGCGAUGAAGCAAAUUCGAACUCUAAUAUAGCUAAUAAAGUUAAUUAUCCUGAAGAUUUUGAUGGUAUUUGGACUUAUAUUUAUUAUUCAUACAGUGCUGAGUAAAAGAAAGCUUUUGAGUUUAUCAAAUUUGGGAGUGGAGAUUUUUAAACAGUUACUUAUGAAGUUCAGAAUCCAUCAACAAAUUCUGUCAGAUUUACUGUUGGAGGCAAGGAUAAUAAUAGAUAUUCUGGGUUUAAUGUACCGAACCAGGUGUUUUCCUUAAUUCUUUUAGUGAGUUGUAAUAAUAUAAAAUCACCAAUUGAUUUGAUCCCUGAAUUAAUCACUUAUAAAUUAGUCUCAAAUUUAUAAAACAGGGAUCCUGAUACAAAAGAAGUUGAUUCUAUUGUAGGAAUAUCAAAUAAUCCCUAGUUCCCACAGGAAUAUGCAUUAAGUGGAUGGUUCAAAUGGGAAGUACCAGAAUAACAAAAAGAAUGGCAUAUCAUUCUCAGAGUCAAAAUCUAAUAGCCAUCACAUGAUUUAGCACUUGGAGAUAGAACAUUUGCUGCCUGGGUUGGACAAUCGAGUGGAGGUAUCAUUCAUCUUGCAACUUAUACAUAUACUCAUUUGGAAGGUUCUGGAAAUGCAAAUGUAGUUUAAAACAUUCAUCAUCAAAAUAGACACACCGAAUGGUACUUUGUUUAAUUUGGAUAUUCAAGGCCUUAGAAAAAAGCAACUGCUUCAAUUCAAUGGAAAGAAUCGGCAGAAAAAAAAGAAUAAUGA